CAAAAUCUUUAUUAACAUUCUGUAAUGGUCAAAAGAGAUAAGACAGCACCGGGUGGCAAAAGUGUGUUAGACACUCCUUUUCCAGAGAUCAGCACCAUUUCAAAAUUACUUGCUGUGGAAACAGUUGAAACUUGGUAAAAAUUUUUGGACUAUUACUAAACAUGGAUGGCUUUGAAAAAGACCACCAUUAUUCAGAAGUACCUGAGAUCUCUGUUGUGCCAAGUCAUCUCCAUGAAGCUCAGAAAGAUGUGCCAGAGCUUAUGACACGGCGUUUGCGAGAUCGAACUCUCCUGAAGAGGAAAAGAGAAGAAGCACAAGAGAAAGAUUCUUUCCAGUGGGUUUGGGGGGGGCAAACUAGCAGUAAGGGACAACGCAAAGGCAAAACUUCAGGACGUGGGAGAAGGAAGGUGCAAAAAGCUGAGCCUGAGCCAGAUGUUCAGAGUGAGUUAGCAUGUGAAGAAGAACCACAGCCUACACUUGAAGUCUUACAGGAGAAGACAGAAAAUGGACAGGAGCUCCUACAUUAUCAUGGAGAUCCAGACCUGGCAGUUACUGAAGAAGUUAACAAAGAUGUAGCCUAUUUAACACAUGAAGAGGAGGCUGGGCAUGUUUCUCACAGCAGCAUCCCUUUCCUAUCAGAAGACAAGGAGCUAGAGCCAGAGCUAGAGCCGGAGCCGGAGCCAGAGACAGAAGAGGAGGCAAGGCCGGUGUCCCUAGCUACAAUUCCAUUACCUGAGACUCUCAGCUUCUCUCAGGAACAUCAAUACAGCACUGCAUUCAUGGGGGAAGCUGCUGGUCACAGUGCUUCAUUUCAGAGUGCAGAUACCUGUGGCAAGCUGCAUUCUGCACAAGGCAAUGUGUAAACUGCAAAAACUGCAAAACAUGGCCGCUUUUUGAACUUUCAUCACUGUGUUCAGUUUCGCAAAUAACUCCUCAAGUGUACAAAAACUAUCUUUGAUGUAGAAACUAUGGGUUGUUAACAUGCACUGAAUUUUGUUCGUGCUUACAUUAUUUUCUGUGUAAUAUGAAAUGGAUGAUUGGAACGUGUCCACUGGACAUUUUGUUCCAAACAUUUAAAGGGGUUGUUCACCUUUAAGUUAACUUUUUGUAUGAUGUAGAGAGUAAUAUUCUAAGAAAAUUUGCAUUGGGUCUUCAUUUUUCGUAGUCUGUGGAUUUUUAAUUAUUUUCUGUUUAGCAACUCUCCAAUUUGAAAUUUCAGCAGUUAUCUCGUGUCCUGGGCAUUCAAAUUACCUUAGCCAGUGACCCCCAUUUGAAAUUUGGAAAGAGUCAGAAAAAGAUAGCAAAUUAUUUAAAAAAACUAUAAAAAAUAAAGAAGACCAGUUGAAAGAUCUGGCCAUUCUAUAACAUACAACAAGUUAACUUAAAGGUGAACCACUCCUUUAAGGUAUAAAAUUGGCGUAACUAGAGCAGAAAUAAAACUGUCUGUUUCUGAUCAAGUUGAACAGCGCCAAACAUAAAAUGACAUGUAGGUUUCUUAACUUUAUUUUAUUACAGAGCUGUAAGGUGCAAAGAGAUUAAGUGACUUACCUGUGGGCAAUUAAGCUCAUUAUUUCUGCUACUGUCAUGACUUUUUGUAGCAAUGCAAUAAUUUAGUUUCUUGGUUAUAUAUAAUGUCAUGUCAUGUUUUUUUUUGUUUUUUUUUUAUAUAUAGCCCUGUAAGGUGUGUGUGGGGAGGUGGGGGGCAGUUGGUAGUUCAGUUUUAAUACAAUGCCUGCCUGAAAAUUGGAUUUCUUAAAUUUCAGUAAAUGUAAAUAAACCUAAAAUAUAUUUAGCAUUGUUGACCAUAUAGUUAUAAGUGAUCAUUUGUUUGCAUUGUUCUUUGUGUUUGAGUAUUCAUUAAACAAAUAAAAAGACAUGUCAGUGUGAA